UAAUGAAAACUAUGAAACUUUGAUGUAAUCCUUUUCUUCUUGAUUUCUUUGAGGACUUAGAAAAUUAUGGUCGACGUUUAUUUAAGGUCCAAGAUGGACAGUUAUCAAGGCAUUCCUCAAAUCCCAUGGGGCGGCCAUUCCCCGAUCUCAUCUCUGUAUCACCAGCAGCAGUAGCAGCAGCAACAGCAACAGCAGCAGCAGCAGCAAGGUAUCCAGGAGUACAAAUCGGAGAGCAAUUCCUUGUACGGUAGUCCUUAUACGCCUAUCAUUCACACACCGGAGAUGUCUCCAGUCGCCAGUCCCGAGCCAGAUGGCGAUGGGACGCAUUUGUCAUCCAAUCAGAAUCAAGAAGAACGUGAUCUGAUGGAGGGCUCGUCGAAGCAACACGGUGAGAUGAACGAGCAAACGAAACGGUACACCUUUAUGAACGCUGAUAAUCAGCUGCACACGGGUCAUGCUGGUGGUACUAGCAUAUCGUCGUGUCAGAAUUCUGGUGCUUACACGGACACCCUGACGUACAAAAAAUCUGUAAGUUACUUAAACUUCGAGAGGCAGCCGUCGAGUAUAGCCGCGGUGGGCAUAGCGAACGGUAUGAUGGUGUCGUGCAAUAAAUUACGGUCAGGAUUUGAGAACGUCGGUUCCGUGACGGGUACGUUUUAUCCGCCUGUCGCGUCGCCGCACGAUCAAUCGUUGCAGCACUAUACGAACACCCAGUCCUCUAAGACCGGCAACUAUUCGAUGCAGUCCGCCGUCGAGAGUAAUUAUAAUCCCGUUCAGUGUGCCAAUCGGCAGCAGUCAAUGGGGAUUCGAGGAGCCGCCGAGGGUUGUUCCGGUGUGUCCCAUCGGUACCAGAUGCCUCACCACCAGGAGUACCAAACGGACGGUACCAGCGGCGGUCAGCAGCACUCGAUCUUGGGUCACAUGGAGGCCGCGAUGGCUGCCAGUGCGGAGGAAGAACAGCAGCAGUCGUUGCAGCUGGAGAAGUACUUCAAGUACUCGCACCCGACCAGCAUCGCGCACACCAGUCUUACCUCGCAGAAUCUUCUCGACAGCAAUCACAAUUACGCGAGCGACCUGCGUUACUACGCGUCCCAGCAGAGCCAGUUGGACAUGUCGAACGCUCAGUGCAUCGUCGACGACCAGGGCAAGGACGCGAGGUGCUCAAACGUGGCCAUGAGCCACGCGAUGGACCAGUACCACCAGUCGAUGGACGUGGCCAAGUACCCGGAACACCAACAACAGCAACAGCAACAGCAACAGCAGCAGCAACAGUCGAGCCAGCAGACGCAACAGUCACAGAACAUGGAACACGUUCCAAAGGCUGACGAUGAUUUCAGUGUAAUACUCGCCGACACGGUCGAUUUAUCUCGUAUGGCUGUAGAGAAGAACGCUGUAGGUAGGUGCAUUUACGAAGAAUCCGGUGCUUAUACACAUUCUUAGAUACACUUCCGGUGCUAAUGCUCUCGGUCUCGAGGUGUGGUUCUUAUUCGUGUUCUUAAACAUCGAUAACAGAAUCUCUCCCCUUCGAAUUGUAACAAUUCGUCGUGCAAUCAUCAUUUCAAUGAUUUAUCAAGGACAUUCAGGAGUCUGAAAUCUCGAUACGAACGAUGGUUCAUAACCAACAUUUCGCCACACCUCCUGAUGUUACUUAAUUCGAACAAACAAGUGAAACUCAUGGAACUGAUUAUUAUUUCUCCUUUUGACAAAUCAGAACGUUGUGAUUAUCGAGUUUUUAGGAUGUUAGAUCAAUUUGUUUAUAAUAAUUUAUACUUUGUCGACGAUCCAAUUUUCGUUCAA